AUGAAAGCACUAGGGGUUCUCCUUUGGGCAUUUUUUGUUGUCGCUCAUACAUACUACAACGAGUCACUCCAUAUCACUCCGCUCCCACGAAAUCGAGUGUUGACUUCCUUUGAAUUUAAUAUUACCUCAGGAGUUCUUGACUUUGAACGACAAGAUGUUAGCAACGGGCAUUAUGCUUACUUUAGCCGAGCAUUGGGGCCAGUCAUAGAGAGUAACGGUGCUAGGGAAUUGCAUUUACGCUUUGGCCAAGGAUGGUGGGAUGCAGAGAAAUGGGGCGAGCUUCCAUACAGCGGAUCAAAAUCAGGCGGAACAGGCGUUGAAGUCUGGGCCGUUAUCGAAGCACCAUCUUUGGAGCAAGCUAAAAAGCAGUGGUAUUCGCUUACCAAAACACUUUCAGGGUUUUUUUGUGCUCUGCUAAACUUUAUCGAUGACUCUAUCACGACAACGCCGAAGCAUAUUAUCGGGGAUGCAUCUACAGUGACAAUGGAUUCCAGAAACAGCUUAUUCUUACUCAAGGCAGCCUUACCGUCGGAACCCAUUUGCACUGAAAAUUUAACUCCGUUUCUCAAGCUAUUGCCAACCAGAGGAAAAGCUGGGGUUUCGUCGUUGUUGGAUGGACACAAGCUAUUCGAUUCAUUAUGGCACGCAAUGCUGAUUGACGUGAAUACAGUUUGUACAGAGGUUGGCUGCUAUUUGGAUAUGCAAGAGACAAUCAGCGCAGUCAUUGAUGUGAAUCGAUCCAUUCGUAAGCAAAAAGAGGGUGGUGUACCAAAGCCCACACCAGGUGAGGAUUUGAGGUGCGACAGCACGAAAAAGCAUGAUGUAUGGACAUGUUUCCCUUCAGGAGAGGACAAGGAGAUUGAUUAUUCCCUUAGCACCAUAUUUGGGCGUUCUAUCAAGGGACCUGCAUUCGUUGGAGAUAACGAGGGGACACUCAUUGUGUUGAAUGUACAUCCGGAGCUGUGGAAAGUUGAAUUUGUCGAAGGACAAAUGCCGGUGGCAAGAUACUCCAAGCAAUGGACGAUAGAGCGCCACAUAACAUCAACAGAGCCAUGUGACGUUUUACUCAGUUGUAGCGAUAACUCGGUAACUUCACCUAUUAUUGACCCUCCAGUUCGAGUUGCUCGUUCGUUGACCGGAUAUUCCCAAGACAAAGGAGGUAUCCGUGCUGCAUUUACCAAUCAGUUAAAUCGAACUUCAAGAUUUGUCUAUCUGGAGACUUUACCUUGGUUUAUGAAGUUACACAUGCAUACAUUAACUAUUGUCGGAUCGGGGUCAAAUGCGGAAUCGUGGGUGGUGGAUCAAUUUUAUCGACCUCUGAUUGAUCGAACGAGACCUCUGCGUCUUGAGUUUGUUAUAGAGUUACCCGCAGGUGCCACUCUCACAUUGACUUUCAAGUUCCAUAAAAAUUUGCUUUUGAUUCAUGAAUAUCCUCCCGAUGCGAACCACGGCUUUGCCAUUGAUCCCGCUGUUAUUACAGUUUUCGAUGCUUCAGAUGGCUUACCUAUCUAUGAGUUCCGAACCACGUCAAUGUUGUUAACAUUACCGGUACCAGAUUUUUCAAUGCCUUAUAAUGUCAUCAUCUUAACGUGUACGGUAAUGUCUUUAGCAUUUGGCUCUAUUUUCAACUUGUUGAUCAAGAAGACCGUCACCGAGGAUGAGUACCAGAUGAUGGCUGCGAAGAGCGGUCUAGGUAAGUUGAAACAGAAAAUUCAAGCUAUCAAAAGAUCCGUUAGGGGCUGA